UUAACCCUGUUGGAGUCCUCCGCACGGCUGCCUACGGCGGUUCGGCGGUUCGCAGCAGUUGCUGGCUCGGUUCUACGGUCCUGGUCCGGCGGUAGCGGGAAGGCGCAGGCGCCGCUUGCGGCUCUCCUAGAGUGUAAUAGCGGAGCGGGACUCUCGAGAAUCAUCAUCCAGGACCUGCCAGAAGCCACAAGAAAAAAAUGGGGAGGGUUUUCCUCACGGGAGAAAAAGCCAACUCAGUAUUAAAACGCUACCCAAGAGCCAAUGGGCUUUUUGAGGAAAUAAGACAGGGCAACAUUGAGCGUGAGUGCAAAGAAGAAGUCUGCACAUAUGAAGAAGCAAGAGAGGCUUUUGAAAAUCACGAAAAAACUAAAGAGUUUUGGAGCACCUACACAAACGCACAACAAGGAGAGACCAAUAGAGGAAGUGACUGGUUCCAAUUUUAUCUAACUUUUCCAUUAAUCUUUGGCCUCUUCAUUAUUCUCCUUGUCAUCUUCUUAAUCUGGAGAUGCUUUCUAAGAAACAAAACUAGGAGACAGACAGUAACUGAAAGCCACAUUCCUUUCCCUCAACACCUUAACAUUAUUACUCCACCUCCUCCACCAGAUGAAGUCUUUGAUAACAGUGGAUUGUCUCCAGGCUUUUUGGAAUAUGUUGUUGGGCGCUCAGAUUCUGUCUCUACUCGCCUUUCCAACUGUGAUCCCCCUCCGACCUAUGAGGAAGCCACUGGCCAGGUGAACUUGAGAAGGAGUGAAACAGAACCUCAUUUAGACCCACCACCAGAAUAUGAGGACAUAGUCAACUCCAGCUCAGCUACUGCCAUUGCUAUGGUGCCUGUGGUCACCACCAUCAAAUGAAGCUGCAAACCUAUUUUUACUCUAAUCAUUUCUAAAAUACUAAUGGAAGAACUUUGUAGCACUUUACCACUACAUAAAUGUGCAUUGACUUAUUUUAUUAGACUCUUACAGCAUACUACUUCACAUUUACUGGUUGAUUUUUCUUUAGUUUUUCUUAUUAUAAAAACAUUAUCAAUGUUCAUUUUUAUGAGAGGAAACAUGAAGGAAAGACUUGCUAGUGAAUGUCUUUAUGUAUUUUGACAGAAUUCAUAUGCCUUUACAAAUAUGUGUUUGUGUGUGUGUGUAUAUAUAUAUACACACACAUAUACAUUGACAUAUAUAUGUAUCUCCACAUGUGCAUCAUCCAGUAUGUGUAUAACUCUUGUAAAAUUAACUAACUUCUACCACACCACCCAUAAAGACAUCAUUAACUACCAAAAUUCAAAAAGUAGGGGGACACCUACAGUUUAUGUGAUAGUCAAUAACAGGCAGUAUUUUCUAACUAUUAUAGAUGUUGGUUAACCUCCCAUUUCUUGAAAGAAAAAAUAUACUUGGAUUCAUUUUCAAGUUUAGAGACAUCUCACACAGAGAGACAAACAGAGACUGCAGUAUAUAGCAAGGAAAUCAAUGAUCAUUAGUAGCAUUUAGCUCAUUUUGUACUAGGGUAUUUCUUCUUGACUGAUUACCACACAUCGUCCCAUUAAAUUUGCUAGCAUCUUUUGAAUGUUUCAUGCCACUCAUAUUACUAUCUUGUUUCUAAGAAUUUCUAAGUAGUGGAAUAAAGUAUGUGUUAAUGGCAGGGAGUAGAUAUUGCCUACUCCUUUACUCAUUGGGUAGUGGGCAACAAUUUUUUCUUUUACACUAAUUUUAAUUUUCUCAUUGCUACAAUAGACUCUUCGUGUACUCAAGAGUUUAUCAAAAACAAAUUUUUGAAUUAUUUUCUUAAUGUUUUAUACAGUCUGAAAUCUUAUUCUCAAAAUUAUUAGUAUACAAUUUUCCAUUCAAUUAUAACUUUUGACUUUUGUGUUGAUGGAAGAUGAUUACACAGUAUCUGCUAUAGUAGAUGCACAUUAAGUUUAGUUUAGUUCCAUAUAGAUCUCAUUAUUGUUGCUGUUUUAUUUUAUUUUAUAUUGAUUUUUUUAGCUGCAGUAGUUUUACUUCUUAUCCCUGGAGUAGAGGGAGCUAGUUGGGAAUGAAAUGCCAAAAUAAACUAUUUCAGAAGAAUAAAAAAAUGUCAGAUGAGAUGGUGUAUGUACAAGUAAUUUGUGCAAUGUGAAGAACUAUUCAAGUGUAAUAUGCCAAUAUUAUUAUUGUGCUCCAGGGGGACAUUUGUCCCUGUUACUCUAGAAUUGAUCAGAGCUUUCACAUAAUGAGAAAUAGAGCAGUGGGCUCCAUAAACAGCUAAUAUUUCCUAAUCUAAAUCUAUGGGGUAUUACAUACUUUCUGACAUAAUUUGGACUGUACAAAAGCUGUGCCAAUUUAAAUACAUUUGCCAAUGCACUGUAAGAUGAAGAAAUGCUGGAAAUUAUACUAAGUACAUGAAUUAGUUCAUUGGUUUGAUAGAUGAAAAAAUAUUAUAUCUUGGUAAUGGUCUCAGCACAACAAUAUUGCUUGGAAUUUUUUUCUGACUAUAUGAUCUUUACUUUCUAAUUAUAUCUUAAGUUAAAGAUGUUUGAUUCAGCAUGCAAGCCAAGUUAUGAAUUGUUUAGAACUGAAAAUUAAGGCUAUUUUGUAGGGAGGGGUGUGUGUGUGUUUGUGUGUGUGUGUGUGUGUGUGUGUGUGUGUGUGUAUGUGUGUGAUUAAUACUAGGCUUUAGAUGAGGCCAGUAGUUUUCAAAUUGUGACUCACUCACAAACCCUGGGAGUUCUCCGACAGCCUUCUAGGAGAUCUGUGAAAUCAAAAUAUUUUUAUCUUAUCUGAAGACAUUGUGUAUCUCUUUAUUCUAAUUCCCUCAAAACAGAGUUGAACAAUGGAAAACAAUACAGUCUUCCCACACAUCUUUUUAAAAAGAAAAUAUAGCUAUUUUUCAUUAAAAUGUAUUCAUUUGUAUCAGCAUAUAUUAUUUUAACUUUUAGGUGAGCUAGCUCUUUAAUUCUUUCAGUUCAUUUCUAACAUGCGAAAUAUUGAUAGAUAUAAAUAUCAAAAUGCAAAAGUUCUUUGGAAUCUAGGUUUCCCUAAGAAUGUUAAGGGGAUCCAGAAAGCAAAAAUUUAAGAACUAUAGGAUUAGACAAAAAUCAGGACAUCGUAUCACUAAGUUAGGUUUUGUUCUUGUAAUAUUAUUUUACGUUUUUAAAUGUAAAUAUUGGAUUUUACACUUCCUUCACUAAAGUAUAAGAACGAGUGAUGAUUCUUGAAAGAAAAGCCAAAUGUUUAAAUUGAUCUAUUGGCCAGUUUAGACUGUUAGAGAAAACACUACUUCAUAGUAAAUAAUAGCUGUACUAACCAUAAAUUUCAAGGCAGCUUUUCCAUGAAGAGAGAAUAAUCAAAAUGUUUUCAUGAAAUUUUGUUUUACAUAUUUUGUGUUGUGUUUGAGUUCAGUUUAGGUCUCAUCCUUUUAAAAUUCCCUUUGCUAACCCUUCUGGUUUUAUAAACUGAGUUUGUUAACAUUUAUUAUAAUUAAGGGGCUUAUCUGGAAUAAUAUAUAUUUUUAUGCUUUGCCUUUACUACCUGAUUGAUACUGCAUUUGUCUUUGAUCAUUUUUAAUGAAGAUUUAUUUUUGCAGAAUAUACUUAAUAUCUUUCUAAUCAGUAAGUAAAUGGAAUUAAAUGGUUUAUAUUUAAAUAAAAAUAUCUGCUCAUGGUUUCUCCAGUAGAAUGAUUUUCAAACCUCAACCUGAAGUGCUUGUGUCUGGAAUCCUUGAACUGGCAGUUUUUACUUCCCUGCUCUAAAUGCCACAGUAAAUUAUAUAUGUUUUAAAUAAAUAAAAUGAUGGCUUCUUUUCCUAUUGACCAAUAAAAAUGGAAAUGUUGUAUUUGUUGAUUGCUAAUGAUAACAUCUUUAAGACUGAUGAUCUGAUCUAGUAACUGCAGAGGUAGUUUUAACUUAGUGUUAUGUAAAUAGCGUGUAUUUUAUUACAGUACUCCACAUUUGCAAAUGCUUGGUUUACAUUAAAUUAUGGUAUUUAACUUUUUAUGUUUAUACUAGAUAAAAUUUUCUUAUGUUUCUGUGGUUUUAGUGUGCUAAAUAAAGCUAUUUUUAAACCAGGA